CUGCAGUACCUUCCCAGCCGCUCCAUGAGGUUGUUCAUCGAGUUCAACAAGUCCUUCCUCCAGUUCGUACGGAAGUUCGUCAAAGAGCACUACCAGACCUAUGACAAGAACAACAUCCGAGACAUCACUGACUCCCUCAUUGAGCAGUGCCUGGAUGAAAAACUGGAAGCAGAUCCUGCCACGCAGAUCCCUAAGGAGAAGAUUGUCAACCUUGUGAACGACCUCUUUGGGGCAGGCUUUGACACUGUGACCACUGCCCUGUCCUGGAGCCUCAUGUACCUCGUGACAUAUCCCGACAUCCAGAAGAGGAUCCAGGAAGAACUGGAGCAGACCAUCGGCCGGGAGCGCAGGCCGAGGCUGUCGGACCGGGGCAAGCUGCCCUACACAGAAGCCUUCAUCCUGGAGAUGUUCAGGCAUUCCUCCUUCAUGCCCUUCACCAUCCCGCACAGCACGACCAGGGACACGGCGCUGAACGGUUACUACAUCCCAAAGGACCGCUGCGUGUUUAUCAACCAGUGGCAAGUAAACCAUGACGAGAAACUUUGGAAGGAUCCACUGACCUUCAAGCCAGAGCGUUUCCUCAAUGCUGAGGGCACCGAAGUGAAUAAAAUGGAAGGGAUGAAGGUGCUGAUUUUCGGCCUGGGGAAGAGGAAUUGCGCUGGGGAGACCAUUGGGAGGUGGCAGGUCUUCCUUUUCCUGACCACCUUGCUGCAGCAGCUGGAGUUCAGUGUGUGUGAUGGCAAGGAGGUGGACAUGACGCAACUCUAUGGGCUGACCCUGAAGCACCACCGGUGUGAGCACUUCCAGGUGAAGCAGCGCUUCCCCAUCAAGAGCAUGGGCUGAGCAGAGAGCUUCUCCAUGGCCUGGACAUCACCGGGAGGGCCAAGACCUGGCUGUCCUUGGAGCACAUCUGGGUCUAGUACAGCUAUAUGGCAUGGUGUAAUAAACUGAAG